AUGGAGUUAGACAAGCGUGAGUCAACAAUAUGUAUCGAUUAUUCGAGUAAAUCAUUAGUAAAAUUUCCCGAAGAAAUACUAAUGUGUAAAAAUUUACGUAUGUUAUGUUUGGACAAUAAUGAAUUAACGACCAUACCAGAUAUUGUAUUUCUAUCACUAAAUCGGUUAACAUGGUUGGAUGUACGUAAUAAUAAAUUAACAUCGUUAUCACCAAAAAUUGGUAAAUGUCGAUAUUUGGAAACAUUAUUAAUACAAGAUAAUUGUAUUGAAAAAUUACCCAUGGAAUUAGGUUUAGUUGAAAAUUUGAAAACGUUACUAUUAUCUGGCAAUCCUAUAACAUAUCCAAGUCCACAAAUAUUGGAAUUAGGUAUCUGUGGCAUUAUACAAUAUCUUAAAGGUGAAUAUGAUACAAUUGGUAAGAAUGAAAAAAACCUGAAAGUUAGGAAAAAACGUAAAUCAAAAUCAUCUAAAAAUGUUAAUACAAUUGAAUUCGCUUCAAACAUCUCCAAAAAAUUAAAAGGUCCCUUAAAAAAACGAAAGACAACAAUUUCUACACGAAAAAGGAUUGUAUCACAAAGUGCAGGUGUAGCGGACGAAAGUAGUGGUAAUAAAAUUAACCCUAAAGAAUCCCUAAUGAAUGAAUGCAAAUUGAGCGAAUUGGGCACUAAUGACAAACCUCAAAAUAAGGAUCGUGGAGACAGUGAACCCUCACCUAAAAUUGCACCUCCCACAGCAUCAGCAUCCAAGAAAUCAUUAAAAAAUAAAAAAUCAAAGAAAAUCUUAUUAAAGAAACCAGUUACAACAGUUGCAAAAUUAGUAGUGCCAAAACGUAAUAGUGAUCGAUAUUUAGUACGCGUGAAUUUAAAACGUAGCAUGUUACGUGCAAAAGAGCGUGCAUUAAAAGAAUUAUGGACAAAUCGUUUACGUAUACUAUUAGAACGUCAAGCAUCAAUAUUACAACGGCGGCAAACAAUUGAAGCAUUAAAGAAUUGGCGCAGUCAAGUUGAUAAGUUCCACAUAUUAAAUAAUAAAGAAUUAACACCACCAUUUGAUUUAGAUGAGAAUUAUUUAAAAUUACCAACACGUUUGGAAUAUCAGAAAGCCAGUACAACAUCGUUUAAACAAAAACCACGUACACAUUCGAAUAAUACAAGAAAUCCACAUAAGUUACAAGAUUUUAGUACAAAAAUUGAUGAUAUUAUAAAGUCAAUUAAAGCUUUGGAUCAAUUAAAUAAUAGUACAUUAAUUACUCCAGCUCAAGAACAAAAAUUACUUGAAUCUGAAAUUAAAAAGGUGAGUGCAGUUACUUAUCCAAGUAACAAAAUUCCCCAAUAA